GUGGGGAACAAAGUCUUUUUUUUCUUCCAUGACCUGCUCGUCUCGUCUUUGUCCCCUCUUCAGUUCCCUCUCAUCUUGUCACUGACAAACAAACUGCACCAGAAAGUUGAUUUUGUACUCUGCAAAAUCAAUGUCGAUUCCUCAAAUUUAAACUAUCGAGCACCCUUGCACCACUCGGUAGACUGCCCACUGUUGGACGGUUCUUCCUGAUUUCCACUCGCAGCGGUACCUGACUGGUUUUCUAUGCGUUCGCAGAACUCACUUCGAUUCCUCUUCUCCCGCCCUUCCAAGCCACGAUAGCACGACUCUCGCCUCGGUAUCAAACCACCAACACCACCAUAUCCUACAUACACAAAGCAGAUAUCCUUGUCUGCUAGAUCCGAUACUCAGCCACAGGUAUCGGACUACAGACCGUCGACCACAAUUCCGUCGAGCAAGCAAAUCUUUCUCACCACUAUCCUCCGCCCUCCUUAACGUCUUCCCAAGAGACGUUAGCCCUUUUCCCGAAUACCCUCAAGUAUCUGAACUGCUGCUGGCUUCCGCCAGCACAUAAAGAAGCACCACACUCCUGUGGGCCUACUCUCUCAAGCAGACCCCAAACCGUCUGUUUGAGUGGCAGCUAGUGCUCCGCGGACUCUGCCAUACGGGCAUUGAACACAGCGACUUACCGGCACCAAUCAAACGACCGACCGAGCGAGCGCCCUGACAUUCGUGAGGAUGGUCAGCUUUUCUGUUCCGAGCAACUAUACGUUCUCACCUUCCUCGGCCACGCCUCAAUUGACCAUCAAUCAUGAUGUUGUUGCUGAUCUAGACUCAAGCAACGCCUUCGAGGGCCCUGAGAAGCUCCUGGAGGUUUGGUUUGCUCCUAGCGCCGAUGCUCUUCCUGCAGGUGCAUCUCCUCUUGGCCUAAAGGCUGUUGCUAAGGACACAUGGGUAACCAUGCUCGAUAUGGUUCACUGCAAGAUCCUCUCGGUGCUUGAAUCUGAGAGCGUUGAUGCCUAUCUUUUGUCCGAGUCUAGCAUGUUUGUAUUCCCACACAAGCUGAUUCUUAAGACGUGCGGUACUACAACCCUUUUGCUGGGUCUGCAGCGUAUGCUUCACAUUGCUGCAUCUGAGGCUGGAUUCCCUUUCAAGAACGCCAAGUCAGUCAGUGAGAUCAAGGCGGCCGCCACCCCAUACCGCGUCUUUUACAGUCGCAAGAACUUCCUGUUCCCCGACAAGCAACAGGGACCUCACCGAAGCUGGAAGCAGGAGGUUAAGUAUCUCGACGAGAGUCUUGGCCAUGGCAGCGCUUACAUGGUUGGUAAAAUGAAUGGUGACCAUUGGUACCUGUACAUCACUUCCCCUAACCAAGAACUUACCCCGCCCAUCACGCCUCAGUCGGAGCUUGACAGUGCUGUUGCCGACCAUCUUAACGGUCACCCUGAUUUGGUUGCCACUGAAACCACAGGCGACGAAUACGUGGACGAAACGCUUGAGAUUCUGAUGACCGACCUCGAUCCCGAGAACGCGAAGCAAUUCUUCCUCUCGCAUGCUAGCGCCAGUGCCUGUGCCAAACAAGCAGCGGAGACCAAGGCAGCUCGUAAAGCUCAAGGAAUCGCUGCCGAUGAGACCAUGGAUGAAGUCGACGUCUUUUGCAACGGUAGCGACUCUGACUUGCACGAGAACGUUGCUGAUACCGGCGAUAAGCCGCUUGCCGAUGACGCACUCACCACUGAGGGGCAUGCUUUGGGCACCUUUAUUAGUGAGAACUGCGGACUUGCUGAUGUGUAUCCCACUUUGGUGUACCCUGAUGCUCGCAUUGACGGUUAUCUGUUCAGCCCCUGCGGAUUUUCUGCCAACGGCAUUGUCCCUCCUCCCCCCUCUACCGAGGGCCAGAACAAGGCUGCCCACUACUUCACUGUUCAUGUUACGCCCGAGUCUGGAUUUUCAUUUGCAUCCUUUGAAACCAAUGUUCCUGGUGGCCAGAACGGUCGCACCACUGCUGAAAUCAUUGAGCAUGUUGUUGGCAUUUUCAAGCCUGGGCGCUUUAGCGUGACUUUGUUCGAGGCGAAAGGCCGCCGCGUCAACCCCUACGGCAUUGGCAGCGAUGCCAUUCACGGCAUUACUGGCAAGAAGCUCGCGGAUCCAGUUCGCGGAUACCGCCGCGUUGAUCGCAUUGUACACGACUUUGACGACUAUAACCUCAUCUUCCGAUUCUACGAGAAGGAUGGAUGGGCUGGAGGCAAUGGAGCUCGUGUUGGAGAGGAAGACUAAUGUGCUGAAUUUACUUUUGGCAAUGCGCUACAAGUGACAUCUGCCAACAUGCAAAUAUGCCCAAGACCAUGUUGUGAGGGCUGCUGCAGACUUUCCAUUCUUCACACCCCCAUUUUGCUGUUUAUUUUUGCUGGAAUCUCCAGCCAUUGCAUGCCCGCAUUUGGAAUUUAGCUUUGUAUUCUUUGGAAAUUCUGCAAUCUAUGACUUAUUUUAUGAAAUCAAUGCCACCAAAUUGUCUACUAUACAGCUCCUAUGAAAUGAUAGGUGAAGUCGAGUGUAAUGCAUGCCCGUUUGCCUGUUUGGGAAA